AAGAAGAGAAAGAGAGUAGGGAGAGAGCGAAAACAAGACCAAGCGAAGAGGAUCGCUUUUAUUAAAAUUCUGAACGACGCGCCGACGAGCGUUUACAUGACGUGUACACUUUCAGCGAACUAUCGCUGACAGCAACCUGUUGCAUGUACACUCUGGAUUUAAUUUCGCGCCCUUUUUAGUACACGGUUUAUUUCCAAGACCAGUUACAGCGGGGAUGAGUUUCUUCUCAACUCAGCUAAAGACAGCUUCAAGAAAUCAUAUUCGAAUCUCAAAUUUAAAGCGCUUGGGAUUGUUAAACAUUUCAUUUUGACAUUCAACUAUUAAUGAAGUUUGAACUUGGAUUUCAAACGUACAUUAAUCGUUAUCAGACUCGCCAGAGACGACAUUUACCACACCCAAGAUUCACCUAAACUUUCACGCUCUAUUGAAUAAGCAAACUGUUUAUGCGAUCAGUUGACUUUGCGUUAACCUUUCGUAAUUAUCCAUCAUCUAUCCAUGAUAUAGGCAGUACAUUUACAGUGAAACAAAUUGUUGUCCCUUUGUGAACAUUUUCAUCUUCGCUCAGACAAAACUUUUAAAGUUGCUCACCAGGAAUCAAGUAUCUUCUACAGCAGGACGCCAUUUACGGAUUCUUCAAGGUUACAGGUGAUUUUUUGAAGGCAUCAAUGGCAGAAGAUAGCCCGAAGACUGCAAAGAAUGGCGACUUUUCUCUGCCUGAGCUAGCACCAGUGAAACCACCCCCAAGGUUCACGGCGGGAAAACCAAAGCGGACUCCGUUUGAGAAACUCUCCAAAUCCUUUGAUGAUAUGAGCUUUGUCUACCCGACGCGCAAGAAGAGUUUGAUCGAAGAUGCGAGGCGGGAAUCCACCCGUUCGUCGCUCGACAUCACGUCGAUGUCGCUGGUCCUCUCGAGCCCCGAGGAAAAGGACGACGUCUUCGAUGACGCUUUCGAGCCGCAGCAGGAGAGUGCGAUUCGACGCUUCACGGUGACAUUCUCGAGCAAGGAAGAUAUGGGCUUCGGUUCCCUCUCCGAGGCUCUGCGUGUGUUUCAGAAGCGGAAGGUCACUUUGACGCACGUCGAAUCUCGUCCGUCCAACAAGAUCGACGGCCAGAUUGAAUUUCUCAUGCAGUGCGAGACAAAGGGGAGCUCUUCCAAGAACGUGCUUACCGCCCUCCAGAAGGUGGCUGAUAAUGUUCGGCUCGAGAAAGAGGAAAUCACGAAGAGAGGUCCGUGGUUCCCCACUAGAGUUCACGAGUUGGAUCGAUGCACUCAUCUUCUCUCAAACUACGAACCUGACCUCGAUGAUGAACAUCCGGGAUUUACUGACAAAGACUACCGAGAACGCAGGCAGCGGAUUGCUGACGUUGCUUUCAAAUACAAACACGGACAGCCGAUUCCUCGAGUGGAAUAUACAGAUGACGAGCUGAGGACAUGGGGACUGAUAUAUCGCCAGCUGAAGGCUCUCUUCCCUACACACGCAUGUAAAGAGCACAUUGAUGCCUUCAACAUACUCGAGAAGGAAGGGUUGUACAGUGAAUCAUUCAUUCCACAGCAUGAGGACGUCUCAAACUUCCUGAAAGGCAAGACAGGUUUUCAGCUCCGCCCAGUAGCUGGACUCCUCUCAGCACGUGACUUCCUAGCUAGUCUUGCUUUCAGGGUGUUUCAGGCCACACAGUACGUGCGCCAUUCAUCAGCACCCAUGCACACACCCGAGCCAGACUGUUGUCAUGAGCUUCUUGGGCACGUGCCAAUGUUAGCUGAUCCAACUUUCGCACAGUUCUCACAGGAGAUCGGGCUCGCAUCUCUAGGCGUUGCAGAUGAGGACAUUACAAGACUGGCCACGCUCUAUUGGUUUACGGUAGAGUUUGGCUUAUGCAGGCAGAACGGGGAGACGCGGGCAUGUGGGGCUGGGUUACUCUCUGCAUUUGGCGAACUGCAGUACGCCCUCUCCGACAAGCCUGAGCAUCGUCCUUUUGAACCAAAUAAGACAGCCAUACAGGAGUAUCAGGAUAAGAAUUACCAGCCCAUCUACUUUGUGGCAGAUUCUUUUAGUGAUGCACAGUCAAAGCUCAGGCUGUAUGCCAUGAAGAUGGCCCGUCCCUACAACGUCCGCUACGACCCAUACACCCAGAGUAUCCAGGUUAUAGACAAGGUCGACAAGCUACGUGACGCCAUCAGGGAUCUCAACGGCCAGAUGGUCGUACUCACCUCCGCUAUCGAGAAACUCAUGUAGACAACAAGUGAUGAUAGGUCUAAGGUCGUACGACACAAUCAUGCUCCGACGACAGUUGCUCUGCGUGCAAUUUCCAACACCAAGAGAAUGCUUAAAGCCCCUCUGCACUAGUUUAGCCAGGGAGAUUAGACCUCCCUGCAAGAUCACUGGUAGGUGGUUAUCUCAUCAAAUCAGCUCUCAAUUAACAUAAGAAAAUUGAGAUCAUGGGGGACCAACAGGCACCGAUUAGGCAUUGUUUGCUAUAUAGAGGGCGCAAGUAGAUAUAAGUAGUGCAGCGGGGCUUUAACUUCACACAGUUACUGUAAAUAACGCUAUCACCAUCCUAAAAUCAAGUUAAAUACACAGUUUCGAUUAGUUUUAAGUUGCAAUUGAUUUGAAUCAAUCGCAAAUUUUACAAGAUGGAGCCCAGAUUUCUGUAAUCGGGGAAAUAGUCCUAAUUAAAGGUGAACCGUGAAAAAUAUUUGAGAUAUACAUGACGAUAAAAUAUGUAAAAGCAGACAGUUGACCAUUGUGACGUAAUCUUUCGUAUAACGAUAAAAGAAAGGGAAUGAGUUUUGGAGAAGGAAAAAUUGACUGAUUGAAAUUUAAUCGACAGACCUUCGAUAUGUCUAAGAUAAAGAUUAUGAUCUUAAUUUUUUUCACAAGUUGUUUAGCUUCCAUCAUCUUUCCGCCUCGCGAUCCCACGUCACAUGACUGAGUCACCUAUCACGUGUUUCGGACAGGUGUCACAUGACUUGGCACGUUUCACUUUGUUGUUUUGAUUAUUCAUGUUGACCACAGCCAAUGACUCGCGUCUCUCACAUAGUUUUGCAGAUUUUUUCCUAUUUUUUUUUUCUUAUCAUUUCCUAAAAUACUUUGAUAAGAUGUUACUUAAAAACAUAACCUCGAAUGGAAAUGAUAAGUGAAUCAUUUACCCUAUUGCGUGACAACACAAGAUUUUCGUGCACUUUUGUACAUCAUUACAUUCAUGUGGUGAAUAUUCCUUUGAUUACCUUGAUAACUUCAGUCAACUCAGAGCAACUUUUUUUCACUUUUAAAAGCACCUUAGGAUGAUUUUUUUUCUCGAAAGUCUUUGCAAUCGUGGUUAAGAGCAAAUUUUGACAUUUUUUUAUUAGCCCAAGUGGAAACUUUCUGUAAGUAGAUUAUAUAGAACAAAAAAAUAAAGCUGUAAUUUUGAUAACGUGAAAAAGAAAUGUGUACAGAACAUGCCAAACACAAAGUAUGUGAAUAGUGUUGGAAACUUGCAAUAUAUUAACAAAAUAUCAAUUUUAUGACUAAAUACAGUAAAGAUCAUGAGGUACAUGAAUAUAGAGAGGAAAUAAGAAAGGGAGAAAGUGACGGAGAGAAAGAGAGAGAGAGAGAGAGAGAGAGAGAGAGAGAGAGAGGGAGGGAGAGAGACGGUUUUGACAGGAUAGAAGGCCUAAUUAGAAGGGGGCUCGGAGCAAACUUUUCGAGUUCCUACAGAAAGUCGAGCGCCACCACUUGUUCGAAUAAGUUUACUGUUCCUACGAUUUGGGCAUAUACGUUGUCGGCAAGCUUCCAUUUAUAGAUUGACAAAUAUAUAUAUUUAUUUUCCCAUAAAGAAUAAUUCUUAUGUACUUAAUAUGUAUUAUUGUGUAUAAUUAAUUCAACAAUAAGAAAUUUAUGGUUGGAAUAUAAAUGUUUUAGAAUUAGAGUACUUUUGUUGUCGAUAAAAGACGUAAGAUGAAUGUAACAUAAAAGGGAGACAAAUGUAAAAGUAAAUCGUGUGUAAGUAAGUAACCUUUGUAUGUAAAUUUGAUAUCUACUGUGAUUUAGGAAUUAUGAAAUUGAUCUGCAAGAUAUUUGUCAUUGUUGCCAAUUUUGAUUGGAAAUACACAUCGGAUAAUUUUCGUAAUGACGUCAUGUUUUUCCUUAAGCCUCAGUCUAUCUCUGUCGGUCUAUAAACUUAUGAAAAAACGAAGCCUGCUAGAUGUUAUUUAUUGAGCAAUAAAGUAGCAACGUAGACUUGAA